AUGUUCGAGUACGAUCCCCGGCGCGGUGCGCGGGCGCAGGAACAGUCGCAGGCGCGGUAUGGGCGGGCACCGCAACAACAGCAACAGCAGCAGGUGCGCGGGCAGCGCGCGCCGUUGGCUCGUGCCCAGCAGCAACAGCAACAGCCGCCCCAGCCCCAGCCCCUGCAAUAUCACCAGCAACCUCAGCCCCAGCAGCAUCAACGACAACAGCCACAUCAGCAACAGCAACAGCAACAGCAACAGCGACAGCAGCAGCAGCCGCGCCAGCCGAUCUCGCAGCGCGUGCAGGGCAUGGCGUCGCCUUCGCCGUCGUUGUCGCCGUCCCCGUCUGAGGGGGGCAGGUCGCUUGGCGGUGGGGGGCGCGGCGGGGGGUCGCCGGAGGUGAGGGCGGAGGCGCGGUUUACGGGGAGGGGGAGGGAGAGGAGGGAGCAGCAGGGGCGCGUGGGGGAGCAGCAGAGGGAGAGGGAGUAUGGGGAGUAUGGGGAGUAUGGGGAGUAUGGGCGGCGGGAGGAGCGGCGGGAGGAGGACGCGCACGAGCAAGCGCGCGAGCACGAGCGUGAGCGUGAGGGAGAUGUGGACCCGUUUUUGAGGGCGUAUACGCCUGAGAUCCAGGAUGAGGAGCAGGGGUACGGGCAGGGGCAGGGGCGCUCGUUCGAGCACCGGUACACGAUUGAGCAGGAUUCAGACCACGAUCACGAUCACGGCCAGGAUGCGAGGACGGGCAGAGGGGGGCAUGGGGCUACGAGCAUCAUGGACAUGGGCAUGAGCGGGAGUGUUGGCGGCGGUGGUGGUGGCGGUGAUAGCCGCAUUGGUUCGGGCGGGCGCGGGCGCGGGCGGGAGGGCAGGGACGAGGAGGAAGGGAUCGCGGCUGGCGCUGGGUCUGGCGCUGGGUCGGGGAUGAUGUCGGGCCUGUUCCCGCCUGCGGGGUCGGACCUGUUCUGA